CAAAACAGCUAUAUCCGGUCAGAACUGUUUUGAAAAACUUUCCUAUUAUUUAUGCGUUUACGACUUCAUAUAGUAAUACGAUCAUGGAUUUAAAGCGUAAGGCAAUGGCAGGUGCAUUAGUGCCUGUGAAGAAAUCUAGAAUGGACCUAGUUUCCACCUCAGGAAGAGACAAAGGAGCACUCAUGGAGACGGGGCCUCCAAGAUCGUCAAAUCUGUUUGCUCCAAUCAUGCAUCUUACUGGACAUCAAGGUGACAUCUUUACUGCAAAGUUUAGUCCCGAUGGCCAGACAAUCGCAUCUUCAGGCUUUGACAGACUUAUAUAUCUAUGGAAUGUGUAUGGUGAAUGUGACAACUACCAUGUGAUGAAAGGCCACGCAGGUGCUGUUAUGCAACUAGACUACUCAGCUGAUUCCACGAAUGUUUUCACCUGCUCCACAGACAAGACUGUUGCUAUAUGGGAUGUUACUGUAGGUGAGAGGAUAAAGCGUCAUAAAGGACACACAAGUUUUGUUAACUGUCUCAAUGUUGCCAGACGAGGCCCUCAGCUCAUAUGUAGUGGUAGUGACGAUGGAACAAUAAAGCUGUGGGACUCUAGAAAGAAGGGUACACUGCAGACAUUCCAAAACAUGUACCAAGUCACUGCAGUUUCUUUUAGUGACACUGCAGAACAGAUUAUAUCAGGGGGAAUAGAUAAUGAAAUGAAAGUAUGGGACUUAAGGAAAAAUGACAUACUUUAUAAAUUAAAAGGUCAUGCUGACACAGUCACUGGUAUGGAACUCAGUCCUGAUGGUUCUUAUCUUCUAUCCACUGGAAUGGAUAACACUGUUCGUAUUUGGGAUGUCCGUCCAUUUGCCCCUCAGGAGAGAUGUGUUAAGGUGUUCCAAGGUAAUCAGCAUACAUUUGAAAAGAAUCUCCUGCGGGUUGCAUGGUCUCCAGAUGGCAGCAAGAUAGCUGCUGGGUCAGGUGACAGAUUCAUGUAUAUCUGGGACACAACUACUAGAAGAAUACUCUACAAACUUCCAGGCCACACUGGCUCUAUCAAUGAAGUGGACUUCCAUCCUACUGAACCUAUAGUGCUUUCCUGCUCAAGUGACAAAAGUAUAUUUUUAGGAGAAAUAGAGCUGUGACACUAGAUACACUGGGGACAAUAUUUGUUAGGGGACAGUGUUUACUUAUUUGAUAAAUGAAAUCAUUCUGUUCAGGCUGUAAAAUUGCUUGAAAGUCAGAAGAUGAAUUUUUAUUAAAUGUAGCGUGCCAUUCUAGAUUUUUUCUCCUAGACUGGAAUGGAAAUGUGUCUCUAUGAACCAAAGAAUGCAAGGCCCAAAGAAUUGCCUUUGUAUGAAAUUUGCAAUUCUCUCAGAAGCCACCUAGUGGCAAAUGCUGGAACU